GCCGAGACCGAUUCACAGUGCUUCUCCCGCAAUAGGACCCAAAAUUAAGCACAUUUGUCAGACUAAAUUUGUUACAUUGAACAAACUGAGAAAAUGUACAAAGUGGAUUUGCCUUCAGACUCAUCCAUAGAAAACGCUUUGGAGAGGCGAAGGUCUGCAGAAACAGCACGCAAGGCCCGGAUCUUCAACACCCGGCAGCGUGUGUUGGGCCUCGACCUUGAUGCUCUCAACCAACAGGUCCAAGAGAAAAAACAUCAGCAAAACAUGGAGAAACAACGGGACAAAGCUUAUGAUCAGCUGAGAGAAUAUCAUGAUAGAGCACUGAUUCAGCUAGACAUUGAUGAAAGAGAGAAACAAGCAGCUUUACACACUGGCCUGACCCGGUACUGGGCCACUCAUCAACGUGCAGAGGACUCAAGCGAUGCGGAUCUCAAGUCUGGCCUGAAGGGGGCAUUCAGGAUCACAAUUCCAGAGGGUGAGCUUGGGCCUGCCAGUAUGAAAAUAUUUCAGGGAGAGGGUAUCGGAGAAGAGCAGAGGCGGAGAGAACAGAUGAAGAUGACAGAGAGAGAUCUGCGAACACAGAAGGAGGACAAUGAGAGGAGGCUCUUGGGAGAGAAGCACAUAGAAAUGCUGGUAGGCAAAGAGCUGGUGCAUCAGGACCAUACAGGGCUUCAGCUCCGUGCACUAGAGGAGGAGUGCAAGAAAGCUGCCCACAUCGCACUCGAUAACUACAAUCAAGCACUGGCUGCAGAGCGGACAGAGAAACUGAAGGAGCAGCAAAGGAGAGAGGAAAGAGAGAAUGUAGCAGAGAUGUGGCACACUUUGUCGUCUGAUAUGAUGACAGAGUGUGCAGAGGCAGGGGUGAGAGAGACUGGAGAAGGGAGGCUGCCACUGGUUCUGGCGGACAGGUGGAAGGGGAUGAGCCCCGAGCAACGGAGCGCCAUCCACAGGGAGAGAGAAGUACAGCGUUUUGAGAGACAGAGACAACGUGAAGCUCAAAAGAUACAGGAUGUAGCAUGCGAACUGCAGCUGCUGAAGUUGUACAGAGAGGCAGAGGAGGGGGAAAGGGGAGCAGAAGAGAUGAGGAGAGAGAAGCGGAUUCAGACAGCUCGUUACAACAUGCAGCUGGCCAGAGAGCAACAGGCACACCAGGAGUACCUGAACAAGAAGCUAUACACCAACAAACCCAGCAAGGAGUACUUUCAUCAAUUCAACACCAGCUCCCGCUGAUCACCACGCACUCUACACGGGCUUGUUGCUAUGUGACAAUUUACCAAUAAAAUCGUUUGAUUUUUAUAUACACUCAAUACAUUCAAUGUUCAAUGUUGUUUAAACAAUACAUCCAGCUUACUUUUAAAGGAAACACAUGCAUUGAUUUGAUCUAAAGACACGGAUGAAAUAGAAGGGACACUUUUUGGGGGGAGGGCAGUGAGGAUACAGAUUGUUCCACGUAUCUUAUUGUUUGUUAAACUAGUUAGUGGUAGAUUCAUAUUUCAGUAACAGUUAUAUCUGCUCCGUAUGUAGAACACAUUCCCCCACCUCCUGUCGCUCCCCCGUGAUGCAUAUAGAUACCAUCAUUGUCCCAUCGUGCACACGGCCAUGACACACACUUCUUCCUGCCUACUUCUCUCCAUUAUUUUGACUCACCCCUCCACUCGCACUCAGGCGUUCUGAAGUAGCUUUUUACAAUGGAACUUUGCUCUUUUUUUAAACUUAAAAAAAAGACAAAAAUCAAUAGUGGGAAAGCAGGGACCAGUGUCCUCAGUCUUCCCCUCGACACAUGAAAAGCAAAGAGUGGCAGUCGAGUGAGUAUCUGUUUGUGUACACUCAUUCCUCAUUCAAAGCUAACAUUUGCAAUGAACACUAACAAACACAGAUGUUUAGCAGCAGAAAUAGUUGAGUUAGAAUAUUGGCAUAUUUUGUCUCAUUCAUGUUUUAUUUGUCCCGAGUGUGUCUGUGUAACCAACAACAUGCAGCUUAGACACACCUCCUCCAGUGCCACUAGUCGGUUAAUAUAUCCCAUACACAUUACCUCGGGGACUGUCAGGUGGAGUUUGGCCAGUGUCAAGCUUUUAUUUAAAUAGAGAGAAUUGAGGUAGCAAGGUUGCAUAUAGGUACUUCACCAACUCACUGCAUCCUCACCUCUCAUUUCUGCAUCGGACAAAAAGUCAUACAGUAGAUAUUCACUGCACUGCAGUUCAUUGCAAGAUGGUUAUGGGUGUGCAUGCAAAUAACUUUUAUUGUUAUGGAAGUCUUACAAUAAUUAGGUGCAACUAAUCAUUUUGAAUUUAGAAACGUUUGCAAACAUCUACAUAAUGUGAUUUUUGUUUUUUUACCUUUUUGCAUUUAUUUCUUGUCAACUAAUUUUUGCUAAAACACCAAAAAUCACUCAAAUUGUUUGUCAAAAAUGGAAAGUUUGAAUUUAU